AUGGCAUUGUCGGCCUCUGCGACUGGCUCUCGAGCUAAUCGCCGGGACAACUCCGUGUACAUCGAUGUGCUCAAUCCGCCAGUCUUCUACACAAGUCGAGAUCGUAUCCAAGGCAGACUACUCGUGGAGCCUGCGUCGCGACCUCAUCGCAUAAGCAUAAGCUUAAAGGGCUUCUCUGUACUUGUGGAUGACAACGCCAGGAGUUUCCGAGUCGACCUUUGCGAAAGUUCCCAAUACCUCUACACAUCCACGGGCGAUGACUUCCAGCGUCUCACCAGAAACACGGCAGACCCCACCAAAGUCGAAUUGCCUUUUUCCUUCGACGUUCCGCAGCAUGCGACUCUACAUCCACCAGCCGAGAGACUCUGGGUGCAUCCAACGGAUUCUUACAACCACCCGCGAUUUCAGCAUUCCCCAGGAUUCCCACUGCCACCAAGUCUUAGCGGCCCCACCCCCACAAGUCCACAAGUCUUGUACCACUUGGAAGCUUACAUGGAGUCCGAUGUACCGAAAAGAGAGCCUUUGAAGAUUCGACAGGAAAUCAAGUACAUGCCGCCAGCCCCAGACUUUCAUCCAGCGCUCCUCCAGCCAGAUCUAAACUUUGGGAACAAACUGCCCAAGCACUGUAGCCGCCAAAAGUUGAUCCGUUCACGCAAAUUGUACCCCGAUUACAGCGAAAAACACAGCAAACUCGGAAGAUUCAAGGACAAACUUGUCGAUAAUGAAAUGCUCUUCGGUCUUCAAAGCUUUGCGGAGAUACCCUACGCCCAAUUCAAUCUAUUCGCCACUCCUGCUAGCGUUCUGGUCACUGGUUCUAUGGUUCCAGUCAUAGUAACAGUGCAGCAUCUGAAACGUUCAGAAUCACUUCCCUACCCUCCCGAUCUAUUUCUCAAGCGCUUAAAAGUUCAGCUGAACGCGAUGACGAACAUAUUCGUGCCUGGUGAACAGUUCGGACGACAUGCCACCAGGGCGGUCAAUACCUCAGACAAGAAGAGCAUCGUCCUCUGCGACGAGAAGUUCGAGAAAGAACACGAACUUCCGCUAUACGAUGGACUCAAUCUUCUGGACGUAGCAAAUAUCGAAAUUCCAAAAGAGAGUACCCCAAGCUUCACCAGCUAUGGCAUAAACUUAGAAUACGAGCUGCAGAUUGAAAUUUCAGGAAGAUGUGCAGAUCGUGAGUGGACAGGCAUCGCUUGCACCCAGCCUGUACAAGUCGUCACAAGCUGGAAGAAGACGCCUAACCAAGCCAUCGGCCCUUUUGAAGCAGGUCCUGAGCCAGAGUACCAGGAGCUAGAUCCCAUGGCGCAACGUUGCGAGGUAGAUACAACCCGGCUACCAACGGAAUUAGGGGUACAUGCUCCAGCAUACGAGCUUGACUCAAGACACAUGGCGCCACGUAUGGCAGACACCGUACCACCACCAGAAUACACUCUAUCGCACUGA